AGGACACUGGAGAAAGAGGAUGGCAGAGAGAAGGUGGAGGAUCCUUAAGGCUCCAGGUUGGCUGAGGACAUCCCAUCAUCAGAGUGGCUGUUCGAUUUGGUGGCACUGAAUUUGGCCAUGAAGAUCUUUUCCCUUUUCUUUGCUGUUCUCCUCUUAAUGCUCCAAGGCACUUUAGGUUUCAUGCGUGCACCCGGUAAUGAUGUGCAGUGCAAACAGGCUGGGGGUACCUGUUCCACUGACCACUGUCCUCUACCCAAUACAAGGUCCUUCGGACAUUGCCAGCAAGGAGUCCCUUGCUGUCGGACUGUGGUGAGUUAUGGAUUUGACGAAGAUCAGGCGUUUCUUGGGGGAAUGGGUUCGCACAUCCAGGCUGCCUUUUAG